AUGCACAAGGACAAGAUAAUACUAACUGAUAAUGUGAAAGCUUGUCGUGGUUUCACGCAUUCAUACUCUACCGUGAUGGCCAAAAUGCUGACUUUGCUGGCCGUAUUAUUUGUGUCGGCUUCAGGCAUUUCUGAGGAUGCCAAUAACAUGUCGGAUCAGGAGCUUGUUGAUUACCUGAACAAAAAGCAGCAUUUUUUCAAGGCAGAACUUCCAAAAAUGUCGUACAAACAGUUCAAGGCACGCUUGAUGGAUCUUAAAUAUAUGAAAAUACCUGAGGAAACUGUAAGAGCAGAAAAGAUUGUUAUGAAUGAGGAUCUUCCAGAAAGUUUCGAUGCUCGAGAAAAGUGGCCCGAUUGCGUUUCUAUUAAGACUAUUAGGGAUCAAGCAAACUGUGAAUCUAAAGGAAGAGAUCAGAGAAUAAUCUCGGACUAUGAUAUCUUGGCAUGCUGUGGUUCUUGGUGCGGCGAUGGAUGUAAGGGAGGAUACAUGCUUAAAGCCUUUGAGUUCGUUUUGUUAUCUGGAGUAGUUACUGGUGGUUCAUACAAGGCAAAGGAUUGCUGCAAGCCAUACCCCUUCCAUCCAUGUGGUCACCACGAGGGUCAGCCAUAUUAUGGUGAAUGUCUGAAGGACAACGCAGAUACACCACCUUGCCGUAAGCUAUGUCAGAUCAGAUAUAAGUCGGAAUAUCCCGUCGACAAGAUCUUUGGAGAUUCCGCUGAAUUCGUCAAUGCGUCUGAAUUGGCAAUCCAAAAGGAAAUAUUUGAAAAAGGACCCGUUCAAGCAGGUUUUAUAGUUUACGACGACUUUCAAUACUACCAGAAGGGAGUAUAUGUGUACACAUGGGGAGCUGAAGCAGGAGGUCACGCCGUCAAAAUCAUAGGAUGGGGAGUAGAGAACGGUGUUAAAUACUGGCUCAUCUCAAACUCCUGGAACUCUGAUUGGGGAGAAAAAGGCCUCUUUAAAAUACGGCGUGGAACCAACGAAUGCCAGAUUGAAGAAAUGGUCGGUACGGUCACUAUGGAUCCUAAAUGAUCACAACAUUUUUGCACUAUCAAUAUGAGCAGAUGUGCGCUAAGCUACGAAAAGCUUGAUGCUUCUAAUGUUCUUGACUGUAUUCAAAAAUAUGAG